ACCUAACCUCCCAAUUUACAUUCAACGCCGGACAAAAUUUUAAUUGACAAUCAACAAUAAGUAUCGCGAAAGUGCUCGUCUAACUCCCACGUGAGCAUAUAGGCUCUGAAGCAAGUGCAACAUCUCUUCUUAGAUUGUAUGUGCAUCAUCUGCACGUGAGAUUCCUUCCCUUCAUAUAUUCAAACUUGUCAUCGCAUAGGUUGCAUUGGCACUUUUUCGGACCAAUAGCAGUGACGGACUCAGAUUUAGAAUCGAAGUGAGGAAGGGAAAUUUGGAGUUUUCAACUUUUUGUGGAAGGAAUGUAGGAAGAGGGAAAUUUGGUUCUUUCAAUUUUAUGGAAUAGAAAGAGGAGGAAAAAUUGAGUGUUUCUAAUUUAUGGAAGGAGAAAGAAUGAGAGAAAUUUUAGUAUUUUUUUUUUUUGGUGAAAAGAAAGAAGGAAACAAAUUUGGUGAUUUCAAUUUUUUGGUUUUUCAAAAUUUUAGUCUUUGAAAUAUGAAUCUUUAAUUUUUAUAUGGAGGACAUGACUAGUUAAAUUUAUUCUUGUAUGCUUUGAAGACUAGUAUAUAUAUGUAUGUAAUUGUUUAUGGGCUAAUAAAUAAAUUAACCAUUAGUUACAAUAAUUAUACUAAACUUGAUAAAUAAUCUUUGAUGGAAAUAACCUCUUUUUUAUUUAUUUGCAAACGUAAAAUGACCAGAUAUUCUUUUUUAUUACAGUAUUCCUGUACAAGUUGAGUUUCUAUAUUUCCAAGCUUCCGAAAACAAAUUCUGUACUAAGAUCCCCCAUUUACCCGAAGAAAAUUCCCAUGUACACUACCUAACUUCCCAAUUUACAUUCAACGCCGGACAAAAUUUCAAUUGACAUUCAACAAAAGUAUCGCAAAAGUGCUCGUCUAACUCCCACGUGAGCAUAUAGACUUUGAAGCAAGUGCAACAUCUUUUCUUAGAUUGUAUGUGCAGUAUCUGCACGUGAGAUUCCCUUCUCUUCAGAUAUUCAAACUUAUCAUCGCAUAGGUUGCAUUGGAACUUUUUUGGACUAAUAGCAGUGACAGACUCAUAUUUAGAAUCGAAGUGAGGAGAUAGAGAGUGCCAAGACGGCGACGGAGAGGGGGAGAAACUUGUGGUGGUGCGCCGGCGUUGUCGAUGGUGGUGUAGGUAGAGUCGCCCACCGUCGAUGCUGGGGAUGUGGUUGGGAUUGUGGAGGUGGUAGUAGCGCUGCUCCAGAGGUAUUUGGAACGCGCUCUGUCCUGGUGUCGUGGGGGGGGGGGGGGGAGAACAUGCGGUGGUAUGUCGACGUUGACGUUGGAGGUGUCGAAAGAAUCGCCCACAGUCGACGUUGAGGCUGGGGUUGGACUUGUGGAGGUGACAGUGGCGUUGCUCCGGAGGUUGUUGGAACGCUCUCUGUCUAGGCGGCGGCCGGGGAGGGGGGUGGGGGGUGGGCUACUGGCGGUGGUACGCCGCCAUUGGCUUUGGCAAUGUCGGCAAAGUCGCCAACGGUCGCACAGAGGUUGGGAUUGGGCUUGUGGAGGUGGCGUUGGUCCGGAGGUUAGUAGUAGAUUUUUUUAUGUAUUGGUGGAUGAAUUUACCUUCAUAUCUUUAAUGAAAGAUUGAUGAAGAAAAGUUUAAUCAUCUAAACUUGCAAAUAAAAUUAAAAAAACCCAUCUAAACUCAAGCAUGAUACAGUAGCUGAAUAGACAGCCUACAAAAGUAAAUGAUGAAAAUGUUAACCGGGCAGGAUUAAGUUGCUUAAACAUUAUAUGGGUUUAUUAUGGUAAUGAGAUUGAACUAAUAGCUAGGAAUUUCAAAAAUACUCCAUAUUUUCCGAAUGUUUUAACCCUCUCAUAGGAAGUUAAGUCGGCACAACGUCAUAAAUAAUCUAUGCAUGGUUCAUCCUCAAUAAUGGUUGUGUGACACUCAUAACGUCAUAAAUAAUCUAUGCAUGGUUCAUUCUCAAUAAUGGUUGUGUGACACUCAUAACAGAGAUAAUAAUGGUCGGUAAAAGUGGAAUAUGUAAAAUGAACGAGGAUAUUAUUGUCAUCCAACACCAUAGAUUCUACCUACCUUUAAUAAUCUCACGUAUUAAGUCACAGAUUUUAUAAUCCAUGUGGUCAAUGGAUUUCAGCAUAAAAAAAAUCCCCACAUGUGGACCCCCACAUAUUUGAGCAAAGUUCAAUAUUUAUCAACAUAUAUGAAUUAUGAAGAUAAUCCAUCAUGUACUGGACUUUGGGAUAAAAUCCACCAUGAAAAUACCAUAAGCAAACAACCCCCAAAAUACUCUCCUGUUAAAAAAAAAAUAAAAAUUCCAACAAUUCGAUCCCGGUACGGAUGGCUUGUUGUUGUCUUGUUGGUGAAUCAUGGAAUAGUUCUUCCCAAGAAGAAACCAUCGAACUGCAGAAAAGAUAGCCCAACCUCCACCAACCUCCUCGGCUUCACUAGUCAAUAUUCAGCUCACCCAAACUUCGCCUCCUUCCUUAGCCACUUUUACACUUCCCUUUGACUUCCUCCUCUCCAUUUCCACAACAAUCAAACACCCUCCUGCUCCAGCGACGGAUCCAGAACAUAAUAGAGCAUUGUGCCAUUUUUUUUUAUAAAAAAAAAAAGACGAAGAGGGUUGGACCGUAAUGCAAAGAACACCGAACAGAAUACCAAAAUUCAAAAAAUUUUACAAGUGUUGUACUAGCUCUGGAUCGAGGGAGGGUUGAGCCGUGGCCCAGGGGCGGCCCCGCCGCUGCCCUCCUCCAGCGAAAUUUUCAUCGUAAGUGACUAAGAUUCAUACAUUAACAUCUUACAACAAUUCGGACUAUUUAGAUCGGUUGUACUCUUUUUUAACACGAUACCAGAACUGGGUUAUCUUUGAAGUCACGCGUGUUUUAAAUCCUCACAACUAUAAUAUUAACAACCGACUAAUAGGAUCAGUUUUGACCUAAGAUUAAAUGUGUCAAUUUAAGUGAUUUAGGCGACACAAUUUGAAUAUUAGGGCGUCAAAUAUCAAAUCCCUAAAAUUACACCGAUUACAAACUCCCGGAUUUUACAGACUACACUAUUCUUCCCCGCAACAACAAAUUCUAGACGAAUGACAGAGACAACAUAUGGAUGGCUUGUGUAUCUUUCUACUUCGUCUUCUUUGGGCUCUUGAUAACUUGUUCAAAGUAGUAACACACACACCACCAUUAGAGGUGGUUGGUGUAGUUAGCUCAUCUCCUCUAACCUUACUACACCACACCCCAUCUGAUAUUUUUUUCCCCUCUGUUUUUCCUCCAUCUUCAACUAGGCCCUGUUUUUUCGGUCUUCCCCCUCAAAACCCAAUAUGGAAUUGCCGGUUAGAUCACCACCACCGGAGCCGAUCUCCGGCGACAGGAGAUCACCAGCCUCAUUCCAAAUCGAAACCAAGAACUUGUCCUACCAAGUAGCAUCCAGCAACCUGCCAUGGAAAUGGGUGCCUUUUGUUUCUUCUUCUUCUUCCUCUUCUUCAGGUUUUAUUCUAAGGGAUGUGAAUUUCGUAGCCCGGCCCGGAGAGUUAACCGCCAUCGCCGGUCCCAGUGGAGCAGGGAAGACCACUUUGCUCGAGAUUGUAGCAGGGAAGAUCAGUUCUAGCUGCCGUCAGGUCUCCGGCGAAGUUCUGAUCAAUAGCCGGCCGUUAGACGCCAGAGCAAUCCGGAGGCAAUCAGGAUUCGUGACUCAGGAAGAUGCUCUGUUUCCUGAGCUGACAGUGGAGGAAACCCUGACGUACAGCGCGCAGCUGAAGUUGCCUGGCGGGAGAGCCGAGGCUUCGGGUCGGGUCGGGAAGCUGAUUCAGGAACUGGGUCUGGUUCGCGUUUCGAAAUCUCGGGUGGGUUCGAUCUCGGGUGGGGAAAGGAGGAGGGUGUCGAUCGGGGUCGAUCUGGUUCACGACCCUGCUGUUGUGUUUGUGGACGAGCCGACCUCGGGUUUGGAUUCGGCCGCGGCUCUUCAGGUUGUGGAGCUUCUGAAGGCGAUGGCGGUUAAUCAGGGUAAGACCGUUGUCCUGACCAUUCACCAACCCGGGUUUCGAAUCUUGAGUCUCUUCGAUCGGGUCGCUCUACUUUCGAAUGGGUGCCUUGUCCAUUGUGGCUCUGUGCGAAGUCUCGAGGAAACAAUCAAGCGUGUCGGGCACUACAUCCCUCGUCGGGUCAAUGUGCUCGAAUUCGCCAUCGAUGUGGCGAGCGUGGUGGUGGUUCGUAACCCGAACCGGUCCGAUCAGGAUUUCGAUGUCCAGUUAUCUGUUAUGUCGCUGAACAACAUCUUCAAACAUCACAACUCUAUUUUCGGGGAAGUCGUGAUUCUGGCAAAGAGAUUCUGUAACAACAUUUUCAGGACGAAGCAAUUGUUCCUAGCUAGGGUCGUUCAAGCAUCGGUUUCCGGAUUAAUACUUGGAACAAUAUUCCUCAAUGUGGGCAAUGAAACAGGAGGCAAUGCAACGCAGACGCUCCUAGGAUUCUUCGCAUUCUCGCUCACGUUCCUGCUCUCCUCCACAACUGAGGUCCUCCCGAUCUUCUUGGAGGAGCGAAGGAUACUGAUGAAGGAGACCUCGAGCAGCGCCUACAGGGUCUCCUCCUACGUCUUAUCAAACACGUUGAUCUUUCUUCCAUUCCUUUUUAUGGUAGCCAUGUUGUACGCCACCCCAGUGUAUUGGUUGGUCGGCUUGAGAAGGGAGCUCGAUGGGUUCCUCUACUUCUCGCUCGUGGUCUGGAUGGUGAUCUCGAUGUCGAACUCGUUCGUGGCAUGCUUCAGUGCUCUCGUCCCGAACUUCAUCAUGGGGACAUCGGUGAUCUCGGGGCUGAUGGGUUCAUUCUUCCUCUUCUCUGGCUACUUCAUAGCCAAAGAUGACAUCCCUGUGUAUUGGAAGUUCAUGCAUUACUUGAGCUUGUUCAGGUACCCAUUUGAGUGUUUCUUGAUCAAUGAGUAUGGAGGGGAGCAAGGGAAGAACAGGUGCUUGCAGUUCUCUUCUGAUGGCGAGGGAGAGGGUGGGCUCAAUUGUCAAUUGGAUGGGAGUGGGUUCUUGAGGCAGCAAGGGCUUGUGGCCUCUCAAAAAUGGACCAAUUUGGGUGUGAUGUUGGGCUUUAUGGUUGUUUACAGGCUGCUUUGCUAUUUCAUUUUAAGGUGUAGAAUUUACAGAUAUUGAACACAAUUCUUUGGAAUAGGCACAUAUUUAUACUUGUUUUCACUAUUCAUAUAUUGACAAUGAUGUUUAUUACUUUAUUUGGAGGUGCAUAUAGUUGUAAACUAUUACUAGCUUCUUGUCCAAAGUUUCGCUAAACUUCAGAACGUAACAAAGUAGCCACAGAAAAUCGUACCUCGUUUCAUAAUUCCAUACAUAAAUACGAUUAGUCACUAUUGUGCUCUAUAUUAAACAAAAACCCUCUUGUAAGGAAGCCGGUGCAUAACAAAAUUAUGUAAUUCUAGAAGCAAUUCCCGAGAAAGUGUUACACUAUAUGGUUAAUGCAAUAACCCUUGCUUCUUUCCACCUGAAUAUGUCCACCUCGUGCCUAACCAAGACUUAUUUCUCUUUACGCGAGCAAGUGAAUCACAUUUGAUAUAUUUCUUUGAAAGUCAUUUAGAACGAAUAAGAAGAAGUUCGAGGACAACUAUCAGAUAAGGGCAUAAAAGAGAGGAAGAAGGGAGAACUCAAAUGAGUGAGCUGGGGGUUGAGUCGGUCUUGAGGUUUAGAUCACAGUGAACAAAUCAAGCUGAUUUUUUAGUUCCUAACAUUUUUAAUAUCAGUUUGAUUGAGAUGACACAUUUAUUUAUUUAUUCAUAACUAAAAACAAUUCAAUAAAAUGAUAAAUAUUUUUAUUUAUUAAAGGGAGGCAAUAACCGCCAAAGUUACAGAGGACUAACGACUACAACCAUGAUUAAACAUCAAAGAGGAGGCAAAACAGAGGCGACCCAGAAAAACAAACAUGGGAAACAUUAUUAAGACACCUCAGUACGAGUUACUUGUCUAGAAAAGCUGAUUCCUAUUAGGUCUUCGCGACAUAUCCUGUCAAGUUCUAAUGGGGUCAACUAGUUCAUGCGUACCGAACGAAUAAAACGAUAAUUUCAUU